AUUGAACUUGAAUAUUGAAAAGAAUACCCACCACCACCCUCAAAAUCCAACCACACAAUCGCAGUAGUUUCCAACAUUCUUGAAAACCCAUAGCAGACCCUCAAUUACCUUCCAUUUUUCCACCAUUCUCCCCCCUUCUUGAAGCUUCAUUCUCCAACAUUUUCUUGCAUAAAAACCUCAACAUUUUACAACUGUUUUCUUGGAUUGGUGCUAAAAAGGUCCAAUCUUUGAUGCUUUUGAGCUUUUCCCUUUUCACUAUUCAAUCCACUUUUAAGGAUUUCUUGGAUUUUUAUGUCUUUUUUUUGCUCAAAAUUAUUUAAUUUAUGAUUGUAUGAGAUCUGUACUACUGUUUUAGCUUUCCCUUUUCCCUGUUUUUGCUCUCUUGGAUUCUGGGGUGGUAGUGUUCUUUGAUGUAAAGUAGAUAACUUUAUUGGUAUCUGCUUCUUAAAUAGUUUUUGAAUCGAGUCUUGUGCUAAUUUUUUUGUAAUCUUUUAAUCAAGAUAGGGUCUAUUCAAUCACUAUUGAAGUCAUUGGGUACUGGGGUUUGACAAUUUUUUUUUGUGGGUCUCUCUAUUUAUAUCCAAUUAUGCAUGUAUUUAGAUGAUCAAGAUUAGGGUUUUGUCUGCUUUCCCUUUCCAGAGCUCUGUUUUUCCCAUUUCAAUCCAGGUUUGAAUCCAUGGAAUCUCCCCAAUCUGUUGUGUCACCAUUGAAGACCUCAUCUGUUUAUCCCGAGCCCGAAAAACAUAAUCUUGAUCAUUUCACGAGAAUCCCGAGUUUUGAAUCCAAGAAAACCGAAUCCGCGAUUGGUGUUCUUGAGGUUUACAUUCAUCAAGCUAGAGACAUUCAAAACAUCUGUAUAUACCAUAAGCAAGACGUUUAUGCCAAGAUUUGCCUCACGAGCCACCCCGAAAAAUCUGUCACAACUCAAACCAUAAACGGCGGUGGACAAAAUCCCGUCUUCAAUCAGAAUCUUUGUAUCGAUGUACCCACCAUCGAUUCUUCUCUUAAAUGUGAAAUCUAUAUGUUGAGUAGGGUUCGGAAUUAUCUUGAAGAUCAGUUGCUAGGUUUCGCUUUGAUUCCGCUUUCGGAGGUUGUCAUCAAGAACGGGAAACUCGAAAAGGAGUUUUCGUUGUCUUCCAAUGAUCUUUUCCACUCGCCUUCCGGUUUCGUUCAGCUUUCUUUGGCUUACAACGGGCCCUCACCGGACGUGAUUGCUAUUCCGCCGCCAUCUAAGACUAAGAACCUAGUCUUGACCGAGUCGGAGCCACCCGUCCUGAACCAAACUGAAUUGGAUAAACUCGAGUUUCCGGAUCCCAAGAUUGUGAACGAAAACCAGAUGAUGGUGUCUGAGUACUUCGGGAUUAGCUCGGAAAGUUUAGUCUCUUCUGAUAACGAUGAUCAGGCGAGCUCCGAAAACGGUGCACCCUUUGUGUUUGAAACUCCUAAACCCGAUUCACCGCCAACAAGUGUUUCGACUAACGGAUCUCAUUGUGGUUCGGUUCCUGUUGAAAGCACCGAAUCUGAAUCUUCCGAUAAACCCCCGAAAUCUGCAAAUCAAGAAUCUGAUUCACCCCCGAAAGACAAGCCGGUUGAAGUUGGUUCGAUGGGUGAUUCAAGAAACGAGCCCGUUGAAGUUGGUUCAAUGGGUGCUUCAAGAAAUAAGCCGGUUGAAGUUGGUUCGAUCGGUGAUUCAAGAAACAAGCCGUCAAUGGCGAUGAAUUUCGAGAUGGAUCAAAAAGUGGUGCAGCAAGAUUUUGUGGAUCUGUACAUGAAGAGUAUGCAGCAGUUUACCGAGUCAUUGGCCAAGAUGAAGCUGCCAUUGGAGAUGGAAAACGAGCAGACGAGUUCAGGAAACUCGAGCACGGAUCAGAACACGCAAACGCCAAACGGGACACGCCCACGAGUGUUUUACGGGAGUCGAGCGUUCUUCUGAAGCUACUUUUAGGGAUUUCAGAGAUGGGCCGUUUACUAAACUCUUAAACGGGUAAAAACGCUUACAAACAAAUCCAUUUUAACCCAAUAAGCGCUUACCCGUCACUAGUAAGUGUUUACCAGGUAAGAGACGUUUACAAACCAAUCCAUAUCAAUCCAGUUAAGUGCUUACCCAAUAAGCGUUUGGUAAACAGCCUCUUGAAAUCAAAAGGGUUGAUGAUUAGGGUAUGUAUGUAUGAUUAUGGUGUUUCACUCUUUGUGUUUUGAGUUUUAUUGUUCUUAUUGUUAUGUUCUUGAGUUCUCUAUGAUUUUAAAAUGUGGAAUCUCUUCUGGAUUAAUAUUGAG